AUGCAUUAUGAUGGGCAUGUGGACAGCCCAAAUGAAAAUGUGGAUGCUCAUAAUAUGAAAGAAGGUCUGGUGGAGUUGAAGAGUGACAAAGAUUUGCUGGCUGUGGCUCAAGAAGUUGUUACCGAUAAAAAGUUUGUUGAGCUAUAUCUUAUCAAGAAAGCUGAGUUAGAAAGCAUCAGAUUAGAGGCUGACGGUGGUGACGAUGACUUUGAUAUAAAUGACUUUGAAGGUGGAGCGAACAACGAAAAUCUCAUCAUUGAUAAUGUGAUUGGUGAAGAUUGUGUCACCGAUUGUGGUGAUUCGGACUACUUGGGCAGCAUUCACUCGAGCGAUGAUGAAGAUGGUAGUACAAGAAGAAGGUUCCCAGAGUUUAAUCUGGCAAGAGAUAUGGAAAAUCCACAAUUUUUCUUAGGUCAGGUUUUCAGUGACUUGAAGAUAUUCAGGGAGGCUAUAAGAUCUUACUCGAUCAAGAACAAGUUCCCUUUGAGGUUUGUCCAUAGCGACCGUGGGAGAGUUCAAGUGUGUUGUGAUAAGAAUUGCAAAUGGGAUAUUUGGGUUUCUUCUUCUCCGGAAAAGAAGUCAGUUGUGGUGAAGUCGUACAAUGGGAUACAUGAUGGAUGUGUUUUGCUGUCUCGCCACAAGUGGUUUACCUACAAAUAUAUUGCAAAAAAGUACUUGUUGAGGUUUAAAAUUGAUCCGAAAUGGGGGAAUGAUUCCAUAGUGCAAAAUUGCGAAGAAGACUUUCACUAUACUAUAUCUAGAUGGACAGCAAGAAGGGCGCAAGAGUAUGCAUUGGAGCUAAUAAGAGGCAAUGCAGAAGAUCAAUAUGCAUGGCUCCGCGACUAUUGCGCUGAGGUGUAUCAAACACAUCCAGAAUGUACUGCUUCUUUGCUGCUUGUAAAGAAGGAUUUGCAGCCGGAUGUAGGAAGAUCAUCUUCCUUGAUGAUGGUUGCUUCCUGA